GGCGCACGAAGGCAAUCUGGGCAGCCGAAGGGCUGCGAAUUGAUCGAGCGAAGUCAUUGCGACGCGCCGCGGGACGCAAUCACAGCAGACGGGCUGCGAAUCAUGGCGCCCGGCAGUCGAGCAGAGCUGCCCCACAACCCAAUAAGGCAAUACAAGCCGCCGCUCGCGGAGCGGCUGACCAGCCUCUAUGAUGAGCCGCCGGCGCCGCCGACGCGCCGGCAGAAGAUUGACGCGACUUACGCCGCUCUCAACCGCGAGCGCUCAAUCGCUGAGCAAGAGGCCGCCGCGCGCGAGCGCUCGGCGGCCGCCGAGGAGGCGCGGCUGGAGCGGGCUCUGGAACACGAGCGGCGCCGGACGCUGGCGGCGAAGCUUGCGUUGGCGCGGUCGCAGCGGGACCUCGCUGCCAGAUGGGCGGCGCGGCUCGUGCUCAGGCAUCGCGCGGGCGACCGGCGCUUGGGCGCCUGGGCCAUAUGGAAGUGCGAAGCGGCGCGGCGGGCGGCAAUCGCUCGCGCACUACGACGCGCCGGAGCCAUUCUCGUGAAGGCGGCCAAGCGUGACGCCUGGGCGGCCUGGCGGCGACGCGCGACGCAGCGCCGUGCCUUGGCGCAUCUCGCGCGCCGCCUGACGACGCGGGCGGCGCGGCGCACCUUCCACCGCUGGCGCACCGCUUCUGAAACGGCAGGCGUGCUGCGAGCGGCGGCCCUCGCGGCCACGAGCGUGACGGAGUCGACGGCGCGGCGCCACGCCGAGACGAUCGCCGAGCUCGAGGCAAAGCUAGCGGCGCAGGUCGCCAAGGCCACCUUCGACGCAGCACAGGCCGCCGACGAGGAGGCGGCAUUGCGUGCGGCCGAGUCCCAGGAAUGGGAGCGCCGCGUCGCUGUGGCCGACGCCGCCGCCAAAACGGAGCGAAAUCGCGCGGCGGAGGCGGACGCCGCCCGGGCGGAGGACAGGCGGGUCCGCGACGCACUGCGCCAGACGCUCGAGCAUCGCGACGCCGCGAGCGCGGCCGACCGCGACCGUGCGGCCGACGCGGCGGCCGCCGCGGAUGCAGCGUUUGCAGCUGCAAACUCUGCGCGGCGCGCGGCGAUACGGCGGGCUGACGCGGCUUGUACCGCGCUGCGAGAAGCAAAGGCGUCGGCGGAGCGUCGGCGAGACCGACGCGCCGCGAAGGCUCAGAGCGACGCUUUAGAGAUGGACCGGCGCGACGCGAGGGUCGCCGCCAGAGACGCGCAACUCGCGCUCGACGUGGCCGCGGCGCGGCAAAACGCGGUGACCGAACGGUCGAAGCGCGCUGAAGCUGACGCCAGGGCGGACGAAGCGGCGAUCGCGGCGAGUCACGCGAAGGACGCCCAGCAGCGUUUGGAAGAGGAGAUCAAGGUCGCGACCGCGGCUAGAACGAAAGCGGAGGGCCGCGCGGCGCGCGUCGAAAUCCAGUCCGCCGCGGUCGAGGCGGCGCGGGACGACGCUGUAGCUCGGGCGGCGGCGGCUCAGGCGGAGGCGGCACAGGCGCGGACCGCCGCCUCGAAGGCGAGGCUCUGUGCUAUGCGAGUCGCAACCAGAGCGGCGCGCGACGUCGACCGCGCCACGACCGCAGCCGCGGCCGCCGAGGCGACAGCGACGACGGCCGAGUUGCGUGCCAGCGGCGCCGAGAAGGCCCGUGACCUUGCACAAGCCGAGGCCGCGCGGUGCCGCAAGGCGGAUGAGACGCAGCGCGCCGCGCUCGCUGCCGCGGAGGCGAGGUCAAGGGAUGUGGUCAGAGAGGCGCAGGAGAAAUUGGCCGCGGUGGAAGAAUGUGUUCGAGAUUCUCGCGCGGAACGCGACUCUGCCGUCAACGCGGCACAAGAGGAACGCGACGCGGCUGUCGCCGCCGCGCAAGAGGAGCGCGACGAGUCAGUUGAGGAGGCGAGGCGCGAACGGGACGCGGCGGUCGCCCAGGCGCGGGCAGAGUUAGAGAAUCUAUCGGACGAGGCGGCCGAACACCACGACCGCGGAGCCAAAGCGUUACUGCGAUGCGCGGAGCUUGACGUUGCCCUGCGUGAGAGUGAUGCCCAGCGACGCCAGUUGCACGACGCGCUGCAAACGCUCAGAGGUGGCGUUCGCGUCUGCGCUCGGUUGAAACCAGGUGCCGGUGCCAUCCGCGCCGAGGGCCUUGACGCCGUCGUCGUGCCCUCCGCGGCGCGGACGAAGGUCGAUGGCGGCGCCGCGCCCUCUGCGAAGCCGCGGUGCGUGCGCCUCGACCGCGUCUUCGGGCCGGAAUCGGCGCAGGGCGAGGUGUACGCUGAGGUGGAUGCACUCGUGAGGAGCGCGUUGGAUGGCUACGACGUCUGCGUAUUGGCCUACGGUGCGACCGGCUCGGGAAAGACCCAUACGAUGCUUGGUGAGGACGGCAUCGUCCCUUCCGCGGCGAAAGCAAUAGCCGCGGCCGCUAGGGACCGGCAGCGGCGCGGUUGGAGUCUACGAGUCAGGGCUACGGCCGUGGAAGUAUACGCCGAGAAGUGCUUUGAUCUGCUCGGCGACGACCGCGAGCCGUUGGUGCUCCGCGACGACGGCUCCGUUGACGGUGCCAGCGUUCACACGGUAUCGGCGGACGACGAUCUGGCGGACCUGGUGCGGCGCGCCUCAGACGCCCGACGGACCGCGGCGACGGCGCUCAACGACCGGUCGUCGCGGUCGCACGCCCUGGUGCGCGUCGAGUUGGACGGCGACGACGGCCGCGAGCGGCUCACGGGCUCUCUCACGCUCGUCGACCUCGCCGGCUCCGAGCGGGCGGAUCGGGCAGGCACGGCGCAACCAGGAGCAUGUGACGUGCGCCUCCGGGAAGCGUGCGCCAUCAACCGGAGCCUCCUCUGUCUCUGCGACGUCUUUCGGGCGCUCGCGCGGCGCGGUCGCGCUUCGGACGACGCGGUCCACGUACCUUAUCGGAACUCCGUGCUCACUCGUCUGUUGCAGCGGCCGCUUUCGGGCACGGGAAAAUGCCUCGUCGUGGCGAACGUGGCGCCCGACCAGGCUCAGGAGACAAAUGCGACGCUCCGCUUCGCCGCCGAUGUCUCAAAUAUCGCCACGAAUGCGCCGACGAAGCACGUCGCGAAGAGGAACGUGCUCCGCGCGCGGUCUGCGAACGUGACGAGGCCCAGGAAACGUAGUACAAAGUAAACA